ACGUUCCAACUUGCAAUUACAAUGAAAAGAAGCACCAGACAUGGUAGAGUAGAAGUUGUGCGCAUUCAGCGCAUAAAGAACCAAAGACUCAUACUUCAAUCAUGACUCCAUAGAAAUCCCAAGAACCUUUUGACCCAUUUUUAUGUUCACAAUGUCGGAAUGUACCAGGAAAAAGAGAAAGACAAAAAGACAACGCAACUUGAAACCUUGACGCCAAUCGUGCCAGUGCCAUUAGUCUCCCCUGCAAUUCCCAGACACGAGGCCCAUUCAUAACCCAAGCCCAGCAAACAACUUUUCAAUUUUCAUCAUCAUCUAUUAAAUGCUUUGCUCUGUAUCUAAACCUAGUAUUAAAUGCAGCAGCUGGAAAAUCCACCCACCUCUCGUUCAAAAAAUCUCCCCUAAUCCCUUCCCUUUCUCCUCCAAAUGGAUUCCUUCAAUUCUUUAAACCCAAAUGUCCACCGCUACCACCAUCAUCCCCGCCAUUUCUCCACCCAUCACCACCACCACCGCACCCACUUCCCCCAAUUACAUAACCAAUCUUGGCCUUGGUUAUUCCAUAGCCAUAGCUCUUGGCUUUCUUGUUCUUCUCUCUACUGUCCUCCUCGCUUCCUACAUGUGUUGUCGUGCCUCUCGCAAUCGAUCCUUUAAUUCAAACGAUAAUGAUAAUAACGGAAACGACAACGACAACUCUAAUUCUGUUCCCGAUGGUAUACUUCUUCCUCGCAUUAUAUUUGUCGCCGAAGAUGAGGAUGACCAAGAACGUGACCUAGAAACCUCUGCUGUUGGGCUUGACCAAGCGGUAAUAAAUUCGUAUCCGAAAUUUCAGUUCACUAAGGAUGGGAGUUCAAAUGGAAAUAGUACUACUUGUUCGAUCUGUUUGUGCGAGUAUAAAGAUUUGGAGAUGCUACGAAUGAUGCCUGAGUGCAGACAUUUUUUUCACUUAUGUUGUAUUGAUGCUUGGCUAAAGCUUAACGGGUCGUGCCCGGUUUGUCGGAAUUCGCCGCUUCCGACUCCGCUUUCAACACCGUUGUCGGAGGUCGUGCCUUUGUCGCAGUAUGCCGCGGAUCGAAGAAGGAGGUGAUCUUGAUUGUUUAUGCAUUGGUGGUGACUGGUUUGAGGUCUUCUUGUUUGGUUUGUUUUUGGAACUGUAAAUUUUUGUUCUUGAGUAGGUAAAGUUAAGUUUGUAGGAUUUUGAUUUUUAUUAUUGGUGAAUUGUGAUUUUGAUUUGCUAAGGCAGAGAAUGGAAAAACAGCGUACUAUCUCUUUUUUUUUGCUGUAAGAAACUUAGGAUUGAAUUGAGUGUUACUGUUUUAUUACAUUGAACUAAACCUUUUUUUUUUUCUUU